UAUACCAUACGAUUUGUGUCAUGUCGAGAUACCGGUAUGAACAUUACAUUCGUUCGAUACUGUCUAUAUCAUGUCUAGGCUCUUUACGAAUAUUUAGCUAAUCUGUCCCUACUAUACAUUCGUUACCUAGCGAGGUACACUUUUACAUUAACUUUUAAGUAAGUUAGCGUUAAAUUAUUUGAAAUUGCCCUCCAAACAUCCGAUUUAGUUUAGGUAAGUUAACUAGCCAGCUAACAUUAGCCAUGUCAUGCAGCGAGAAAGGAAGUGACAACGCACAUCGUAUUGAGAAUUCUGAAGACCCAGAAGACUGCCGAAAUGGACGUCAGUCUGAUUUUCUUAGUCAUCAGGAUGGAGAUCUGCCGCUGUCUAUCCCAGCAGGGGUUUAUCUCCAGCGGCAGCGAAAACUUAUUAUUCACGUUGACCUCAACAGCACUAUCUUGGUGUCUGAUGCUGUGACCAAGCAAGGAACCAUUGCGGUUUUAGAGUCUUUUCUUCCUUGUGUAACUUGGGGACGAGUGGCCAAAGGGAAAUGGGAGUGGAUGAGUGACUCACCCUCUCUGCAGCCACCAUGUGAGGGUGCUGUGAGUUAUUACUCCAAAUAUGGAAGAGUGGCAGGCUUCACACGCUCCCCACCUGGGCACAAAUUCAAGGGAGUGCUUGAGGAACACCUGGCACUGUUGCGAUGGCCUGCAGGGCAGGAGGAGGACCAGCUGCUGUCAGUGAGGGGCGAGGAUGGACAGCUGUACCACUGGAUCCUGCCCUCCUUCUUCCAGUUGCUGCAGGACCUGGUGGAGCAGGGAACAGAAUUUGCCAUCGUUUUCCGCACCUUUGGGACAGAUUUGCCCCACGUGCUGGGCACCAUGAAUUACGUCCUCACCCAGGGUUCCCACCCACUGUUUCCCAACCUCCCCGCACUCAAGCUGAGUGUGAAUGAGACCCCCGGGCAGAUCCGCUGCAGUAAGAAGGCGACAGUCCUGACCCGCGGAGGUGAACGCCUGUCUUCCCGGGAUGGAGAGAGAGGCUUGUACCAGUUCUUCAGCUCUUCCCAGGGCCUAGGAGGAUUCCAGGACCAUUUUCACUGGUGGGCCCAGAACACCUUCUCCAAUCUGGGAGGGAAGCCUCUUUGGAUUGACCCCUUCGACCCCAAGGUGCAGCACAUCUUCUUUGAUGACAACAUCCGCCAGGAUGACGAGGACACCAUUGUCCACCCAAAGGUGUUCCUGGACCCAGGUGGCACACAGAUGCGCACAGCCUUCACCUCAGAGCUCUAUGACAUUUGUCUGGUGCAGAACGACCUCCUCAAGGCCAUCUCAGACCUGCACUACUUCACUAAGCGUGUACAGAUGUGCCAGGAGAACUAUGAAAGGAACCUCCAGCAGGGGGCAUACUGAAGCCCAGCUCUUCAAAGCCACGGGGAACAAUGUGUUUUUAUGCUCAAACCUCCACAACGCCACCAUGUUGUGGUAGAUUGAGUUAACACCAUUUGAUCAUAUCAGUUAGAUUAAAGAAUCACUUCCCAGAGCAUGAUUUGUUAAAAGUAAAGAAACUGCUUCUUUGUUCACAUUAGAAUUUCUGAUUCGAAACCCCUUGUAUCCAUAGCAGUGCUGUGACAGUGUCUUGCAAAAAGAGUUUAAUUUCAGCAACAGUAUGGCUGGCCUUUUCUUCUCCAGUGAAACGGGUCAGUACAGCUUGGUAUGAUAAUAAGGUUGUUGUACUGUUACCCAGCUGAAAUGAAGUUUAUAAUGAUGGCUGGCAGAUUGUCUGCCCUGCAGGUAAUCCACUAAUGGCUGACACUAGGAGGUGAUUCCACCUCAUUCCACCUUGAGGGGUUAGAACAGGUUCAGACAGGUUUAUGCAAGCUAUGGUCAUAUGGCAGUUAUUCUCAGGGCAUUUGACAUAUUAAUGGAAAUUGUGAAUGGAAGGGAAAGUUAUGUGUUAUGAGUCUGCUGUUUCUGAAUGCACACUCAUAUUUGUUUAAUGGAUUUAUUUAUUUUGGAAGUAUUCCAUCGGAAUUAUGUUACCACUCUACAAGAAUAAAUGAUUGGCUUUUGAACUUCCUUGUUCGAUUCAACAUCUUCAAGUUGAUCUGUUUAUAGACAUUCAACAGAAUGUUGUCAGAGAAGUCUGUUGUCAUGUGAAUAAUUUACAGUUUGGAUAACCAUAGCAUGGCCAUGCUAUUAUAUAAUUGUUAGAUGGCUGUGAAAAUUUUAUAUUUAUUUAUUUUAAUACAAACUUUGUUACUGUUACUUAUCAAUCCCUCCACUUAAGUUAUGGUUGUCUAUGGUAUGGUAUCUUGCCCCAUCCUACAUCCAAAACACAACUCUGACUCUCCUAUGCAUUGCCAUCCAGUACGUUUCCCAUUUUUCAUUUGUUGUGCUUUUUAUUAUGCUUGGAAUGGACUUCAUUGGAUGGUGGGAUGAGAGCACAUGUAAAUAAAGUACAUUUUACAUUUUCCUCAUUAGAAUAAUAAAUGCUACCUCAGUCUUU